AAGGCUCCGUACAGUUCCUGCUGUUGUGACGCCAAUGACAUAAAAUCAUUUUUGAAGCCUUUCUUCACGCUGUUCUCACAUGGAAACCUAAACAUGGAGAAUUCAAGCACAGAGAACCAGAAUGUUCUAAUUCCUUACAAUCAGGAUCAAGAAUCUGAAAAAGAGAAAAUGGAAUUGGAUAUUAAUAAUACGUUUCAGACUAAAACGACCGGUGAUCAGAGCUUUGGUCCUGAACUUGGACCAACAGAUAAGCCAUGCACCAGUGGUCAGUCUGAACAACUAGGAGAUCAGAGCUCCAGUGGUCAACUUGAACCAACAGCAGAACCUUUCACUACUGAUCAGUCUGGACUGACAGGAGAACAGAGCUCCAGUGGUCAACUUGGACCAACAUCAGAAGCAUUCACCAAUGAUCAGUCUGAAGAGACAGGAGAUCAGAGCACUGGUGGUUCAUCUGGACUGACAGCAGAUCACUGCACCAGCAUUCAUUCUGGACAAACUGGAGAUCAGAGCUCCAGUGGUCAAUUUGGGCCAACAGGAGAACAUUUAACCAGCGAUCAGUCUGGACUGGCAGGAGAUCAGAUCUUCAUUAUUCAGUCUGAAAAAACAGGGGAUCAGAUCUCCAGCAUUCAGACUGGACCUGCAGAGAUGCAGUGUGGAACUCUGGUUAGUCCACACUCUGGGACUGGAUCGUUAGGUCUGCUGAGCAUGCAGUACAGAGAAAACAGCUCGGAUGACAACUGUUCAGACAGUGACUCAGACUCUUCGUCCUCCACAUCCUCCUCUUCAUCAUCCUCAACCUCUUCCUCCUCUGAGCCUUUUAAUUUAGUCAAGAACAACGCAGAAGAUGACGAUGAAGGUGUUGCCAUGGGCAAUGAGAAAAGGCCUGCACCAUUGAAAACCCAAGAUGAGCUGCUUAUCGAUGAUCUUCCUGUAGUUGAGAACCUCUUCAUCAGCCUUCCAGAAGAUACAGAGUUGGAGCCCAUUGGGACAAUAUCAAGCAUUGUGGAGCAAUUAGUGAUUGUGGAGUCAUACAGGAACACACCACCACUGCAUGAAAACAGCGUGUUAUUCACCAAAAACAGAAACUCUGUUGGCAAGAUCUUUGACGUCUUCGGGCCAGUUUGUCAGCCUUACUAUGCUUUGAGGUUCAACUCUCAUGACGAUAUCGACCAGAAAGAUCUUAAAAUUCGAGAUGUGGUUUACUUUGCCCCCAAAAUUAAAGAUUUCACAGACUACAUCUUUACAGAGCGACUCCAAAGGACCAAAGGCUCAGAUGCAUUCUGGAAAAAUGACCAGGAACCACCCCUUGAGGCACUUGAUUUUAGCGAUGAUGAGCAAGAGAGGCUGGCCAAACAGAAGCUUAAAGAGCAAAAGAGACGGCAACAAAAUGAUUCUGACUCAGAGGAUGAAUUGGAUGCCCAUAAAGGUCCGCCCCCUCAUAAAUCCGGCCGGCGGAAGCCCAGACAGAACCGCAACGUUCCCCGUGGGCAGCACCACAAUCGUGGUGGCGGUUUCCAUAGCAACUAUCACGCUCGCCCCCCCUUCCCACCGGAAUACAUGUUCCCCCCUCCAGAUCCACACGUUUCCCUUCCAGGGCCCAAUGAUGCCACCUUUUCCCAGACCGCCACCCUUUCACAUGGGAAUGGCCCCGUGGCCCCCAGGGCCAAAUCAGGGCUUUAUGUUCCAGCCCCCACCUCCACCACCGCAUAAUCAGUAAAGCUGUGAUUGAAUCCUAUUUACAACCUGCACCCUAACAGGGAUCACAAUCUUUGCAUACUAAUACAACUGUAUACAGGUGUAAAGUAUGAAUCAAGCAUAACUAUAUUAUUAGAGUGCAAUUUUUCACUUUCUAUUAAAAAUUAUUAAUUUCUCA